GUCUUAGGCCGCUAGCGAAUCGGGCCGCAGAAAGACGCCUCGCCCUUUCAAGCUCGCGACCGCGCUCGUGCACGACGGAUCGGGAGACUGCUUGGGGUUCGGAAAAACCGCUAGAGCUCACAAAGAGCAAUGGCAGGCUCUCACUAAUAGAGCGUGGGUUACAUGCCAUAGCGUGCCCGCGGCAGCAAGUUUUGCAUUUCCCGUAUUCGUAUUUGGCCAGCAACGAUUCAUCGUGCAAUCGCCGACGCUCCAGGGCCGCCGCACCAGUUUUGCCUUCCACAGUGCCCACAGUGCCAGGCACUGUUUCAUUCUUGCGCGGGAACCACUAAAGCGCGCGCGCCGACGCCAUGGCCCAAGUAGCACCCAUGAAGCGACCCUCGCGCCGGUGCGCCGAGAUAGCGCAGGCGUGCGCAACCGGUGCCAAAAAAAAAAAUAAUCCCGCGACGGCCUCGAGAGGGAAUAACUCGCCCGCGCAAAUACGCCGUCGAGCGCGCCAAAACCCACUCAUAUGAACACACAGGUGCGCCGUCAAGGUCUGCGUCGCUUGCAAGCGCGCUCCGGUAAGAGGCCAUGUUGACGACGCGUACCACUGCCGCGAGAUUCUCGGGCAUGUGGCGCCGAACUGGGACGCGCCCGGCGCCGACGCCUUCUUCACGGAGGACGCGAAGCCCGAGGAAGUAAGAGCGUGGGCCGAUUUGGAGGCGGUACCGGUCCAACGAAAGAAAAAACCACAACAACAACCGAAGAAGCGGAGCCACUCGCCCAAGUUCGGCACGCCCUCGCACAAACGUAGUAGAUUGCCGACGGGGGCCAUGUCCGAUUUACCUUCAGCAGAUCCGGGCGCGGCCGCGGCGGCGGCGCCGCGCGGCGACUUUGGUUUAAGGAAACCUCUCGUGUUCGGCGAAGUCGUGCAACUCGACGCGACGAAGGAUACUACUUCGUUAAGGGCCAAGGAGUUACGGCGGGCGGGGACUCCUUGUGUCUUGACUGGUGUCGAGGCGAGGGACGUCGCGCCCUUCGCUGGAAGGUGGCUGCGGGAAGAUGGCUCUUUAGAUGACAACGCGUUCGUCCGAGACGUCGGGAACGAGCGGGCGCCCAUCUUGAGGUACGACGCCACGUACACGGAUCAAGCACCUAUUCGGGAAGCGAUGCGCGUGUCAGAAUUUGUGGAGAAACAUUGGCGCGCGCAAGAUUCCUCGGCCUAUCUCCACCAGUGGCAGUUUCCCCUUUCUUCGCCCGAGGCCUUCCGCAAGCUGCUCUCUGAAAGUCCAUCAGAGAACCUACCUGGAUUGGACGACGAUCUAUUGGACCACUGGCUGGAAAGGUGCCGGGGCCGUUCCGCUUUGCAAUACUUAUUUAUGGGCGGUGUCGGUACGAGAUCUCGUUUACAUGUAGACCCGGGCGGUCUUGAUUUGAUUAUAGCGCCGUUGGUCGGCUGGAAGGAGGUAACUCUCGUACACAGAGACGACGCGGAGCUCGUCGGAGCUAUGUGCUCGGACUCGGCUCAAGAAGUCGAAAGGGGUAAGCGGACUCCGUUAGAUGAACUCCUCGCGAACGAGACGCCUCCAUCAUUGGAAGAGGAGCCUAUCUUGUCGUUGGUGCGGUGCUGGCGCCACGUCCUGAAGCCGGGCGAAGUGCUCAUCAUGCCGGAAGGGACCUUACACGCUGUCAGAAAUGUGACGCCGGCGUUGAGCUACCACCGGUUCCACCUCGACACGACGAACCCGGCGGGCUUCUGGCGCGCUCUGGUGGAUGGCGACUGCCCCGGCAUCCGACCGGCGGAGAUCCUCUGGAACGGCGCGCACGGGGCGAUGACGGCGCUGGACAAUGCCGUGGAUAUUGGGGAUCGCGAGGAUGCGGUCGAUCGGGCCGAGUGCUUACUGAAACUACGCCACUUAGUAGGAGCCAUCGUGCGCGAGUUCUCGGAGAGCGACCAGCGAGGCCUGGGUCAGCGGGGCGACAGCGUGAAUUCGUUCGACUGGAGGGCGUUGCUAGCGGAUGCAGAUGAUGCUCUAGGUUUGUGGGCCGGCGGCGGCGGCCAGCGCAAGAACGUUCCAUCUCCAGCGCAAAAAUCGCAGAAGGUCGAGGGCGACGUCGGCGCAUCGCCUAGGGACUCGCUCUACGAACCGUCGGUCGGCGACGUCGUCGCCGUGCGCUUCCACGCGAAGCAAGUGCGCGCGCGCGUCGUCGACGUCGCCUCCCCGUCGAAGCCGCCGCGCUUCUGCCGCGUCCACUACGCCACCUACGGCAGCAAGUACGACGAAUUGGUCGAGUGUUCUUCUUUGAGACCGCGCACGGACGGCGCCAAGCUGGUUGUUAAAGUAGGCGCCAAGUGCAAGGUGCCCUGGGGCGACUCGUCAGACGAAUACGACGCCGAGGUCGUCGCUUUGCAUUCGUCGGCCGCGGUGCGGCUCCACUACCUGACCGUCGGGUCGGACUGGGACCAGUGGGUCGGGCGGCGCAAGAUCAUCCGGCAGCUCCGGGCCUAGUGUAUCGCCGGCGCGAAGUUAAGUCGGUACUAUCUAUUUCAUCGGUGGGAAGUCAUCUACGUUGGUACUUACUCGGUGCAGGAGCGAGGGCUGCUUGCGCUUCCCGCAGAUUUGGUACUUAUCGGCUGCGACGUC